CGCGCGCCACUGCGGCCCUGCUAUAUAAACCCCGCGCCCUUCCUGAUUCAAUCAUUCCCUGCUGACGCAUCGUGCGCGCAUGACGCUCUGUAUUUAAUCGUAGCUCUGUAAAUACGUAGUCGUAACUUGUUUAGUUAAGUUCGUAGUAUAACAGUAGUACAUAAAUAGUUAAAAUGUGUUUGGCUAAGGAUGACACACAAUCGCCGCAGAAGGAGGUCCCGUCACCUCGCUCGCCGUGGGCAAAGCUUCUAAACCGUCAGAACUCCAAACCACGGCUUCCCCGAAAAGUGACGUCCUCUACGCGGGUUAAUCUUAAUAAGUGCUGGUCCAAGUUAGGAGAGUUGAUCUCGAACUCGGGCCCCCGCACUGACCUACCAUCGCACAAGACUGCCUACCCCGAGGAACCUGUUGUGGUGCCUUUCUCGGAGUUCUUCUACCCGGUGGACCCGGUCAAACCGGUGCCCGUCGAGGAAAACGACAACGCUGAGAACCAGAACAUUGUAAACAAUCGCUUCGAGCUCAUCAACGAGGACAUGGAGAUCAGCGACAACAUGGCCAAUGAAGUGAGAGAGAUCUGCUACUCGGCCGCUAAAGACUGCUUCGUAUGUAAACUUUGUUACUAGUAAUAACGACCUUCGCUUCGAUUUCUUCCUUCGGUUCUUAAAUUCAGUGAAAACAAAAUCUCGUCUUCCAACAGUAGUUGUAAACGUGCUCAGCAGCACAGAUCCAAUGUCUUCCAUUAGACUUAGUGAUGUGAUGUGCAGCGCCUCAGCCUUUGUGAUUUAGCGAGUAAUGUUUGUGAUCUCUAGUAGAUAUACCUGGGGCGCUGCGUCGUCGUUUAAAAUUAGUGUAACAGUAAAUUGUCACAAGUUUUGGUAGACAGCUUUAAUGAACUGCACUGUAAUUAUCAUUGCACCAACCUGGCUCUAACCUAAACUUCUAUUGCGUAACAAUUUUGCUUUUAUUUCUGUUUCUAAAUCGAAUGUCUUCCAUUAGAGUUAAGUUUUGUCUGUGAUACCAGAGUUUAUAUAUCGGUUGAAAGCUUUAACUAGAUGUAAGGAGAAUCUAUUAGUUUAAGCAGAGUUUAUUAGAAUUAGUUUAGUUGUUCACUAGGUCUUUUAAAAUCACUGUUUAUCGUUAAGGAUCUUUAGUGUCUGAUUUCUUUUUAAUUGUAUUUCAUGUGAUAUUUAGAAUUCUAAGUGAACUUUAUUAGGUUAGGUGUUGAUAUGAACACAACAUAUCAAUGUAUCGAAGCUUUAAUAGUUUUUAAGGUUUUAAAUUUAAGUAAAAUCAUCGAACUUCCAUUUGGUUUAAUUUUGUAUUUUAAGUUUUUUUUGGCUAAAUUCUUUCUCAUUUGUAAGUUUCGCAGAAGUAGGCCGAACGUGCCAAUCUUAAUAAGUUAAGUGUAGUUAUAACUUAGUUAAGUUUAAGUUAAGUUACUUUGUCUAAUUUGAUGAAUUCUUCCUUUUGUGUCAAUUUUUAAGGUUUUUUUUUGUAUUUUGUGUUUACUUUUUAUCCUUUAGUUAAGUAAUUUAGUUAGUAAAGCACUCGUAUCUUACUAAUAUCGUUAAGAAUUCAAGACUUUCGUUUGAUCUCCGAUUCUUAAUAAACAUUAAUUUGUAAUAA